CUGCGCAGUACUGAUCUGACGACACGUUUGGUAUCCAGCAUGGCGGACGCAGUUGAGGAAAACGUGAAGCCAAAUACAGAAGAAAAACCCGACGAUUCGAGCAGUGAGGAGGAUAACAGUCACCCCGAAGUCGUAGAAACAGAAGAACCAGUGAAAACAUUCAAAGAUUUGGGUGUCACCGAGGUUCUCUGUGAGGCGUGUGAUCAGCUGGGAUGGAAAACCCCAACGAAGAUUCAGAUAGAAGCUGUUCCUUUAGCCCUGCAGGGACGGGACAUUAUCGGCCUCGCAGAGACCGGCUCUGGUAAGACGGGUGCGUUUGCUUUGCCCAUCCUGCAGUCCCUGCUGGCGUCCCCCCAGAGGCUCCACACCCUCGUCCUCACCCCCACCAGGGAGCUGGCUUUCCAGAUCUCAGAGCAGUUUGAGGCCCUGGGCUCCAGCAUCGGUGUUAAAUGUGCCGUCAUCGUCGGAGGAAUCGAUAUGAUGUCCCAGUCUCUGGUGUUGGCCAAAAAACCACACAUUGUUAUCGCCACGCCGGGGCGGCUGAUCGACCACAUGGAGAACACGAAGGGUUUCUCUCUGAGAGCGCUGAAGUUCCUUGUGAUGGACGAAGCCGACAGAAUCCUCAACAUGGACUUUGAGACCGAGGUGGAUAAAAUCUUGAAGGUGAUUCCCAGAGAGAGGCACACCUACCUGUUCUCUGCCACCAUGACCAAGAAGGUCCAGAAGCUCCAGAGAGCAGCGCUGAAGGAUCCUGUGAAGUGUGCCGUUUCCACCAAAUACUCCACAGUAGAUAAACUGCAGCAGUACUACAUCUUCAUACCGUCCAAGUACAAGGACUGUUACCUGGUAUCCAUUCUUAACGAGCUGGCAGGAAACUCCUUUAUGAUUUUCUGCAGCACGUGUAACAACGCCCAGCGGGUGGCGCUGUUGCUGAGGAACCUCGGCAUCACUGCCAUCCCUCUCCACGGCCAGAUGAGUCAGAACAAACGUCUGGGAUCUCUGAACAAGUUCAAGUCCAAGUCUCGCUCGGUGCUGCUGGCGACCGACGUGGCGUCCAGAGGCCUCGACAUCCCCCACGUCGAUUGCGUCAUCAACUACGACAUCCCCACACACUCCAAGGACUACAUCCACAGAGUCGGGCGGACAGCCAGAGCCGGGCUCGGGAAAUCCAUCACCUUCGUCACUCAAUACGAUGUGGAGCUUUUCCAGCGCAUCGAGACCCUGAUAGGGAAGAAACUCCCGGCGUUCCCGACACAGGAAGACGAGGUGAUGAUGCUGGUGGAGAGGGUCAGCGAGGCCCAGAGAUUCGCCCGGCUGGAAAUGAAGGAGCAAGGUGAGAAAAGGAAAAGGCCGAGAGGAGGAGACCCGGACAACGACGACACAGAACAAGCCAGCGGCGUGAGGAAGAAAGUGAGGGGAGGAAGUGGGGCAGGAAGAGGAGGGGAUGGGGGAGGAAGAGGAGGGGGAGGGAUGAAGAAGAGGGGAGCAGCAGCCUGGAGGGGAGGGGGCCGCUGAUGCCUCCUACAUUAACAGACUGUAAAUAACAAUAAGACGCCUUUUCAUUCAUGGUAUGUUUCCCAGCAUCGAGUAUGGAUGCUAUUUAAUGACAGAAAUCCUGCUUGAGAUGAGAUUUCCCCAUUUGUAAUAAAAUCCAGUUGAAAUCCUU